AUGAGCCUCACUUCUGCUUCCAAGUCAUCUGUUUGGGUCGUCACGGGCGCCAAUCGAGGCAUCGGCCUCGGUCUUGUCAAGGAACUCGUUGCUCGUCCCUCCACCACCGUCAUUGCGACCGUGCGCAACGAUGAAGCCGCUGCCAGCCUCUGCGCGGAGACCAUCGCCCCCGGCGCACAGAGUUCUCUCCAUAUUAUCCAGCUUGAUUUCUCUACUGCCAUCUCCCCAGAGGCCAUUCGUGAGAGGCUUGCCGCAGCUGCCCCUUCGGUCGAGCAUAUCGACGUCCUCAUCAACAACGCCGGCUUCUCCACCCGCAUGAACCCCGCCGUCGAGACCACCGCCGAUGAGCUGCGCAGCUGCUUCGAGGUCAAUACAAUCGCUCCUCUGCUCGUCUUCCAGGCUCUAUGGCCUCUUUUGCAAAAAGCCCCCAGCAGCCCCAAGUAUAUAAGCGUAUCCUCAUCGGUCGGCUCGAUCGGCGGCCAGGAGCGGUUCCCUGGUGGGGCGUACGGCCCCAGCAAAGCAGCCACCAACUGGCUCACCAAAGCCCUGCAUCUCCAGCACGCGGCUGAUGGGCUGGUCGCGAUCGCGUUGCAUCCAGGAUGGGUGCAGACAAACCUGGGGAAUAUCGCGGCCAGGGACUGGAAUUACGCCCCUGGGCCUCCGGAGACGGUGGACAAUAGCGUCAGGGGAAUACUCCAGAUCGUCGAUGAGGCAACGCGGGAGACGGCGUCGGGCAAGUUUCUUUCUUAUACCGGCGAUAUGGAGGUGCCUUGGUAG